GUACGAUGCUCCCUUUCUGCUAAACGGUCCCUGAUCUUCAGAAGUACUCGAGAGUCUCUUGGGUGUGCAUCAUGGGAAACUUCGAUCAUAACGCCGUGAUUCGCGGUGCUCAGCUGACGGUGGUUGCCACCGUCCGCGCAUUGCGGAACCCCGAUCUCUUCAAGUACGACCACUUCCGGCAGGCUGCCUUUGCUGUCGCUGUCGGUGUGGGUGUCGAGCUCCUCAUCCAGAUUCCCAUCAUUGCACUAAAGAUAGGACUUUGGUUCAUCUCAUGGAUUAUCGACCUCGAGAGUGUCACUUGGGACGAUUCCCUCAUUGAGGGUCUCGACUUCCUCUCCAAGUCUGUCCUUCAUGUCCCCUUCCUCAUCAUGUCGCUGAUGCGGUACAUCACUCCGACAUUGGAUGAAAUCUUCAUGGAAUCGUUGAAAUGGGUGGAUACGACCUAUGUCGAUAAGCACAAGGCAGAGGACCCGAGCACUCUGCGUGCUAUGUACUACCCGAACCUCUCCAUGUACAACGCCGGUGAGGGCAAGGUCAAGUCUACUGCGCCGAAGAAAUCGGCCAAGGAAAGAAUCAUGGUGUUCCUUAGGAGGUCCGGCCAGAGAGCCGCCCUGCUUCUGGGCGUGUCUAUCUUGUCGCUUGUGCCUGUUGUCGGACGCUUUGCCACUCCAGCAGCUUCCUUCUUCGCCUUCAAGGAUGCUGUGGGCACUACCCCUGCCGCUGUCAUCUUCGGAGCCGGUUUUAUCUUCCCGAAGAGCUACGUUGUUUCCUUCCUGCACAGCUUCUACGCCUCUCGUACACUGAUGCGUGAGAUGCUCGACCCCUACUUUAGCCGCGUUCCCUUCACCCCCGAGCAGAGAAACCGCUGGUUUGCCGACCGCCAGGGUGUCCUGUUCGGUUUCGCCUUUGCCUUCACAAUUGUGCUGAAGACUCCCUUCAUCGGAGUCCUCCUGUACGGCGUUGCGCAAGCCGCCACAGCAUACCUCGUCACCAAGGUCACGGACCCCCCGCCGGCCCCGUCCGAGAAGGAGGGCUUCGCAGAGACCCAGGUGACCUGGAAGAACAAGCACGAGUUCCUGCGCCUGUCGCUGGACAAUAUCGACCAGCUGAACAAGGCUCCAGAGGAGGAAAAGCCCAAGGCGCCCGAGUUGCCGGGUCGGAAAUUCGAGUAAGCGAGCAGCCAAGGGAUGAGUUGUUCGGAGAGUGGAUUCAACGUACAAAAUUUGGUCAUGGAAACCGAGACUGUACACUCAAAUUUUCUGCAUAGUGCAUGCAUGCAUGCACGCAUCUUAUUUUUAAGGUUCGGGGUUAUUAUCGUUAUCAUAGACUCAAAAGACAGCCGUGGAAUCAAAGCAUAUCCUUUUCCCCGCUGAUAAGCGCGUCAGCCCAGAUAAGAUAACCGGAGCAGGGGGA